UGUGCUGCGCCGGGCGCCGCCCCAGCUCCGGCCCCGCCCCGCGCCCCGCAGACCGCGCUCCCCAGCGGGCAUGUCCCGGCCGCAGCUCCCGCGCCUCCUCGCCGGAGCGCCCCGCGGCGACCCGGGGCUCGCUCUGGUGCUCUUGGUGGUGCUGGCGCCGCUGCUCGCAGCCGGGGCCCACUGCCCGUGCCAGGAGCCCGCGCUCUGCCGCCCGAUCCGACACCGCCCGGACUUCGAGGUAUUUGUAUUUGAUGUUGGAAAGAAAACUUGGAAAUCUUAUGAUUGGUCACAGAUUACAACUGUGGCAGUUUUUGGAAAAUAUGACUCAGAACUUAUGUGCUAUGCUCAUUCAAAAGGAGCAAGAGUAGUUCUAAAAGGAGAUGUAUCCCUAAAGGAUAUCAUUGAUCCUACUUUCAGAACAUCCUGGAUAGCUCAAAAACUGGAUUUGGCCAAAUCACAAUAUAUGGAUGGAAUUAAUAUAGAUAUAGAGCAAGAAGUUACUUGUUUCUCACCUGAAUAUGAUGCAUUAACAGCAUUAGUCAAAGAAACCACAGACUCUUUCCAUCGUGAGAUUGAGGGAUCACAGGUAACCUUUGAUGUAGCUUGGUCUCCAAAAAACAUAGACAGAAGGUGCUAUAAUUAUACUGGAAUUGCAGAUGCUUGUGACUUUCUGUUCGUGAUGUCUUAUGAUGAACAAAGUCAAAUCUGGUCAGAAUGUAUUGCAGCAGCCAAUGCUCCCUAUAAUCAGACAGUAACCGGGUAUAGAGACUAUAUCGAGAUGGGCAUUAACCCUAAGAAACUUGUGAUGGGUAUUCCUUGGUAUGGUUAUGAUUAUACCUGCCUGAAUCUUUCUGAGGAUCAUGUUUGUACAAUUGCAAAAGUCCCUUUCCGGGGUGCUCCUUGUAGUGAUGCUGCAGGACAUCAGGUGCCCUACAGAACAAUCAUGAAGCAAAUAAAUAGUUCUAUUUCUGGAAGCCAGUGGAAUAAAGAUCAGCUGGCUCCAUAUUAUAACUACAAAGAUCCUGCUGGCUAUUUUCAUCAAGUGUGGUAUGAUAACCCUCAGAGCAUUUCUCUCAAGGCGGCAUAUGUACAAAACUAUGGCUUACUGGGCAUUGGCAUGUGGAAUGCAAACUGUCUUGACUACUCAAAAGAUGCUGUAGCCAAACAGCAAACUGAAGAAAUGUGGAAAGUCUUAAAGCCAAAGACAUAACAGAGGUGAACAUCUUGUUAAACUCUGAAGACUUAGAAAAAUUAUCAGUAUAAAUAGAUCUAGUUUCCUGAAGAGAUAAAAAAUACAUACAUUUUUGUCAUGUUGCUAUAUAUUUAGACACUAGAAUACUGAAAAAGCAGAUAAAUGGUUUGAUGGAAUUUGAAAAAAAAGAUAAAAAUCUUAAAUAUUCAGGAACUAAAGGCAUGAAAGAAGUCAACUUACAUGUUAAAUCUUCCUCUUUAGUAUGUUUCAGCACUAUAAUUAGGAAAAAUUGCUUUCAAAAUUUUAUUAUGCCUAAUUUUACCCCAAUAUUAAAAAACACAAAUAAUUGCUAGUUUAAAAAUAUGUAUAACUUGAAGUGGAAAUUGUUUGCUUAGAAUAGAGUUUUUAAAACAUAGUCUUUGAGAAGCAGUUUGUUUUAUACUUUUUUCCAAUAAAUUUUAAAUCUGGAAUUUAGUGUCUUCUCUUUAGUUUUAUCAAAAUGAUGAAAAUAAAUUUUCUGCUUCCUGACUUGAUAUAGUACAUACUCAUGUUCUCUGAGGUAUUUGAAAUAAUGUCACUUAAACUUCCUGAUAGUAAGGGGAAAAAAGGAAUACAAAGAAUUAAAUGUACUCACAAAAUACAAGAAUAGAAGAUAACAAGAAUAGAAGAAUUAGUAAAUUAGAGCUACAUAAUAUUUUCCAAUCCAAUUAUUUUUAUAAGACUUAUGUGUGGAAUGUUUUUACAAUAAGAAUAAUGGUGUUAAAUUUGAUUCUGUUUACUGUCACUUAUACUUCCAAUUAUUCAUGGUUAAAAUUUUCUUUUUCUGCAUCUUAUUUUACUUUUAAUUAACUAAUGAUGUUGAGUAUUUUCUCAACUAGUUCCUUUUUCUAGAAGAUUAAUUUUAUGCAGAGGACUUUUCCAAAUAUAAAGUUUGUUCUCUUUCAUAAGGUAAUUAAGAACAUUGUGCUGCAUUUGUUCCUGUAAAUAGAGAGAUUAAAAUUUUGUAUCCUUGAACUCUAGCUUUAUAUUAAUCCUGUCUUUCCUGCACCUCAUCCCCUCCAAAGUAGAAUAAAUGAUGAUUCAACCAUCUGUUACAAUAAUACAUUUCUUAUCUACACAGUUGUUUGACAGAAUAAAACUAACCAUUUCCCUAUUUUACUGAAUUACUUCAUGUUUCUAAAAGAAUCUCUACAUUUCAAAAUUAUUUUUAAUUUAUAUUUAAAAUAAGUUAAUAAAAAUUCUUAGAUAUUAAUUUCUAUCACAGCUUUGAUAUACUUGCUAUUAAUCAAAAUUUAAUAAGCAAAUUUAAUCUUUUCAUGCAAACACAAUAUUUAUUAAAAUAUAUUUUUCUUUGAUAUUAGAUUUUAGUUAUAUUAGCUUUUAAAUUUUAUCACUAACAACAAAAAGUCAUUUUAAAUUUAUAAAAUAUAGCACUGUAAAAUAAUAGGUAUUAGACUGGAAAUCUUCAAAAGUAAACAUCAACUAUUUAGUUUUAUGCUACAUCAAGUAUUUCCUGAAACACUUUGUAAUAUCCACAUGAAAAGUAAAGAGAGAUAAAGCUUAUGAUUUUUUAAAAAUUUAUUUUUAAACUGCUACAUGGAUCUUAUGAUUUAUAUAAUGCACUGCUAGGAGAACAAGGCUUAAUCUGUUCAAAUAAAUAUUGAAAGUUUUCACAAAUAAGUUAAAUUUACAUACCUAAUUGAGAUUGAAAAGAUGUAUUGGUUUUCUUCUGUGCCAUUUCAGCUUUCAGUGUGCGUAAGUCUGAAACUGCUUGUUUUCUCAUCUAUAAAAAUAAUUACCUUUCAAAAUGAACUUCAUUGUACUCUUCUAGGAAUAGGUCAGAAUUGUCAUUUUUGUAACUGUUUUAACUGCCUUCUCUCAUUUGCCUUCCAUGCCUUCAUUCCCUCUGGAUUACUACAGUAAAUUCAUAGGUCAUAAAUCCUGUUUAAUAACUAUGCUUAUAUAACUAGAUCUGCUAUGAGAUAAUUUCCUUUCUUAGUAUGUAGAGAUGAUACAACUGAAUUGUCCUAAAUAAGGUGAGAAGGAAUUUUAUUUUUUCUUAAGCCUUAAAAAUCUGUUGCUAUCAAUGGGUAAAGAAAAUAGUAGAAAAACAAACAACUCUGAAAUGCAAAAAAAAAAAAAAACCCUUAAUACCUAGUCCUUAGGAACUAAAUAGAUGUUGAAGAAAUAUAACAGUUUUUACUCUGUACUAAGCACUCUUCUAAGUGUAUUAACCCUUUGAUUUUUUUCAAACUUUUCUUGAGGCAGACUCUAUUAUUUAUCCCAUUUUAUAACAAAAGAAACCUGAGACCCCAAGAGGCUAAGUACCUUGCUCAAAGUGUAAAACUAAGAAGUGUCACAGCCACCUGGAACCAGAGCCCUUGCUAUUCCAGGUACUGUCUGUGGACAAACAGCAUUAGCAUCACUUACAAGCUUAUUAGGGAUGAAGAAUCUCAGGAUUCCCCCAGUCCUACAGAAGCUGCAUUUAAAACAAGCUUUCCAGGUGAUAGCACAUUAAACUUCAAGAAACACUACUUAUGCUGUACUAUCUUGAAAAAUAUGGCUGCAACAGACUUAGGCUAGAUUUCUCUCCCUCAGUUCUGAAUGUUAUAGGUAGGAGUGCUUUGGGUAGUUCAUUCAGAAAUCAAUUUAACUACAUACUGCAGUUAUUUGUUAUGUGCCAAUCUGGCACUAUGGUUAAAUACAGGAAAUGUUUUCCUAGUCUGUAAGCUGGAAACUUUGUUCUCUUUUUUCUUCUUGAUCAUCUUUAUUAAUUUUAUUCUAUUUAGGUUCAAACCAUAAGUGAUAUUUAUAAGGUUAAAAUGUACAAAGAAGGUAGGAUCUACUAAGCAUGCUUUCCAAAAGAAAAGAGCAUUGGGGAGUCACAACUGAAGGCUCUGGGGGCAUUUUAAUUACUCCUUUCUACUCACCCAACUAGCCUUCAGUGUACAAGUUUCCAUCUUGGCUUUCUUUAUUACAUGUUGAGUACACACAGUUUUCCAUCACUGAACUAACUGUUUUUGAGUCUAUGUUGCAUAUGAAUGUUUACCUCAUAGUUUGUUAAAAAUUAUCCUUUGCUCUUUUCUUCUUAACUUUUAAACUUCUUAGUGCUGAACCAGGGUUUACCCUCGAGAAUGUUGCUAAGUGAAAAGAACCUAGAACUACACUGUCCAAUAUAGUAGAUAGGUGCCAUAUGUAGCUAUACAAAUCAACUAAAGUUUAAUGAAGUUUAAAAUUCAGUUCCUCAUACAAGCUACAUUUAAAGGCUCAAUAUCCAUAGGUAGCUAGUGGGAUGGUGAGAUAUGGAACAUCUUUAUCACCACAGCUAAAUCUAGAAGGGGAUCAUUAUUCUGUUUCAUAAAGCUAAAAGGGUGAAUGGAGGACAUUCCUCUAAUUAUCAUUCUUAUUUUCCUGUUCUGUGUAUUAUAACUUGUGUGAAGAUGUAAAAUUAUCUUCUGUUUUAUGUUCAACUAAAAAACUUUUAAAGACAUCUAUAUUCUGAGAUUAUUCCUAUCUAUCAUGUGAUAAUUACACAGGUUUUAUCAAGUAAGUAAAAUAUGCCCAGAACCCUCUAUUAAGCAUCUACUAUACACAAUGUCCUAUGGAGGAAACAAAGUUUACUAAUUGGCAGUCUCUGCCCUGAAAUAACUUAGUUUUACUAAGAUUCAUAGUAAAAACAAAAACAAAAAAUAUAUAUGCAAAUAACCAGAGAGAAUGAGAUAAUUCCCCAAGUAGAGGGGAAGAAAUUAAAUGGGAUUUCAGAGAAGUCAGAGGUUUGUCAGACAUUUAUGAAUGACUCUAAUAUAGGAAAACUACCUUAAUAUAUAUUUUUGAGAAUAUACUGACUAGAGUGAAGUUCUACUAAAUUUUCCUUUGGCCUCGCUAUAACCUGCAUCUUUUCACAGAAUAUACUUUUUCAUUCAUGCUGUUUAUUGUUAAAGUAACAAUUUUAAGAAAGUCAAUCCUGACUAUCCUUUUACUAUUGAGAAGAAAGUUAAAACACCAAAAUAUUUUAAUUUUAUUUCAAGAUGAAUGUUAUAAUCUGAUUAAGAUAUAAAUUACCUUAACUUCUAUAAUGAGUUUCAUUUUAUCAGUAUCCAGUUUUCUCUUAAGUUGGUCAAUUGCAUGCUGUACCUCAGUGAUCUGGAUUAUAAGGUUAUUCUGUGUGAGAUAUAGAAAGAUGAAUUUAUUUAGCAUAACAUCUGUAUAUUUUAGUGCAAUGCAUGUUAUACUGCCUUGAAAACAAACUGAACUGAUAAAUAACAAAAAAAUCAUAAAAGUAUUCCAUAAAAUAAACUUAAUGUUUUAA